CAAACGGGUAUGAUGACGGCUUGUGUGUUUGAGUCGCAAAACCAAUGUUGUGAAACACUGCUGAUAAAUAGAUACUUCGACGAUCCCCCGUCAUUGUGAUUCAUUAUGAGCGACUUGCCGGGGACGAUUGGUGAGUGGCGUGAUACUAACUAGCAUGCUGACAUGCUGCAGACAGGCAAUUACUGAUCGAGAAAUGCAAAUGUGGUUCAGCACUUGGUUGUCCUUUCUUCACAUCCCGUUCCACCCUCCUUGGCAAGCAUCUCUGUCUGGCCAAUUCAAGGCAGCGAGUCGCAAACCGCCUAUCUCUGCCUUGGUACCCCGCCAUCCCACGUCUACAGCGAAUGCAGAGUCAACUGCCGGUCCACAUAUCAAGCAACCCGGGGAAAAUGAAGUCGUAUUCCACCCCAUCCUCGCGAGUCCCCGACAUGAAUCACGCUUACACGAUAUGCAACAACAUGUGCCUCAAGGGUACAGGGCGGCAGCGAGGUGAGCUUGUGUAUCCUUUGAACAACCCCCCUGCGCACUGGUUUCCUAAUUCGAAGUAGUGGCGCAGUUAUGGCCUUGAUUCUAUUCACGAUCUACACCGUGGGGGCCUCUGAGAAGCCGCAGCGUUACAUAAACGCGGUUGGUUCUCUGGUGCGACGUUACACCUAGUUUACAUGCAUGGAACUAUAUGUUGAUAUUACCAUGUCGGUUCGCAUCUUUUGCAGCUCUCGAGGAAACCGGUGAGAUAUAAGACUAUGUUCUCCUCGUCUUGGCUACAGCAAGGCAGACCUUGUGGCGAGGUCGGUAUAGGAUGGAGGUUGCAGCAGCACCCAUGUGAAACUAGAAGGCAGUGAGCUUCGAGUACAAGAAGACCACUCACCCUGGCCUGUGGAGUUUAUCUUGAAGAUCCAGUCCCUCCUGUCAAGCCUUUCUCAAUCAGGCCCAGGAUCAAAGCAAAAUGGACUUUUUUGACGACCUGAUCAACCUUAACUUCGACCUCGACCCCACCACCGCCCUCACCCUCGCAGCAGGCUCCUUCGCAGUCUGGUACAUCACCACCGCUUUCAUCUCCUGGUACCGCUACCGCCACCUCCCCGGCCCCUUCGUCGCCAAGUUCUCCUACAUCUGGCAGGUCUACACCAUCGCCACCGGCCACGUCAAAGAAAACUACAUCAACCUCCGCGAGUAUGGCCCCCUCGUUUUGACUGCCCCGGGCACCGUCGUCACCAGCGAUCCCGAAAUCUUCCGCAGGGCCAACGGUGCCAGGAGCAAGUAUGAUCGAUCCCCUUGGUACGCGGCCGGCAAGUUCAAGCAUGACACCACCAAUAUGGGGACUUUGAUCGACACCCCUCAACAUGACGCGAUCAAGUCCAAGACUGCCGGGCCCUACGCCGGGAGGGAGGCAGAGGGUGGAUUGGAGAGUGUCGUUGAUGCCCAACUGGUGAGACUUGUGGAUUUGAUCAAGCGAAAGUAUGUCUCUAGGAACGGGGAGUUGGUGCAGACGGACUUUUCCAAGAUCUCGCGGUUCUUUACACUGGAUGUGAUCUCCAAGCUGCUCUUUGGGACCCCGUGGGGCCAUCUGGAUGAGGGGAUCGAUGUACUUGGUUGGUGUGUGGCGAUGGACGACAGGUUGGUGUGGAUGUUCUUGAUAAUGGAGCUUCCUGCGUUGAGGUACCUCUUUGGCGGAAGCUAUGGGCUUUUGAGAUGGUUUGGACCGCAGCCAGGCGAUAAGUUUGGGAUGGGAGUGGUCAUGGGCUACGUUAACAAGCUCAUUAGGGAGCAUUUUACCGACAAGGAUUUGAAGCAAAAGGACAUGAUGAGCGGCUUCAUUCGCAACGGACUGUCAGAGAUGGAAUGCCAGGGUGAGGCACUCCUUGUAAUUUUGGCGGGUUCCGAUACUUCUGCGGGAACCAUCCGCUCCACCAUCCUCUACCUCAUGUCCAACCCCCAAGCCUACGGCCGCUUCAAGAGGGAGAUCAAAGAAGCCCUGCAGCAAGGCAAAGUCUCCUCCCCCAUCACCAACGAAGAAGCCCUCAAGCUCCCCUACCUCCAAGCCAUCAUCACCGAAGCUUCCCGGAUCGGCACCCCCUUGACCUUUGGCCACUACAAGGUCGUCCCCAAGGGCGGCGAUACUGUGAACGGGAUGUACCUUCCCGCAGGAACGGAAAUCGGACAUAACGCCCUCUCGUUGACGCACAAUAAGGAGAUCUUUGGUGAGGACGCGGAUAUCUUCAGACCGGAGAGGUUUCUGGAGGCGGACCCGGAGAGGAAGGCACACAUGUUGAAGGCGUUGGAUAUGCUGUUUGGGUCGGGGAGGUGGACUUGUGCAGGCAAGAACUUGGCGCUGAUGGAGUUGAAUAAGAUUUUCUUUGAGUUGCUAAGGCACUUUGACUUUCAGAUUGUCAAUGUGCAGAACCCGGUCAAGGAGAGGGCGUAUUUGACUAAGUUGCAUGAGGAUAUGUUUGUAAGGAUUACGGAGACGGAUUGGAGUACUAUUUGAGGGCUUGCUAAAGGGGUAUGCGUGAACUUCUUUGUAUUUGUUAUGAGUUGUUAUGAGGGGAUAUUUGAUGGCGUUUAUCUGGUCUUUUAUAUUCUUUGAUCAAACGCGUGGCCUUUGUCUUCCAGAGAUUAAGAGUUACCUAGCUGGAAUGAAGUUUUGAACCAAAGCACGAUAUAGUGAAC